AUGGAAAAAUUGUUUCUGGUCGUGCUUGCAGCAUUAUUCGUGGAGUUUUGCCAAUCAGAAAAGUGUUAUAGUUGCUCGUCGCCGAAGUUACAUUUAAAAUGGCCAAAAGAUGACAUUUCAAACAAACUCUUGUAUCUUCAAGAUUUUCCAUUAAUUGCUAAUGAAUCAUGUGAAACGGUUUCUGGAGCAAUGCCGGUAGUGGAUUGUAAAGAUAGUGUAUGCAUUAAAGCAGUCAUCAAACAGCCUCCAGCCGAACGAGUCGUUUGUGAGACGGGCGGUGCUAUUGUUCGAGAUUGUUGGAGUCGAGUUCUAUCAAACGCUAUGAAGAAUCCUCAAGCCAAUAGAAAUAUGGUUCGACUUGCUGAAAACGGAGACACUAAAGAAACAAUUGGAGUGAUUUACACGUGCGAAGGAUUUUUAUGUAAUUCAUCAAAUGCGCUCACAUUAUCCUUCUGCUGGCUUCCUUAUUUAAUCCGAGUUCUUUUGUAA